AUGAUUCUCUAUCUGAUUCCCGUCCAUCAGCGAAGCGCCGCAGCGCAGUCGUUGCGGCCUGUUAAAGUAAAACAACUAUACUCAGCGACACAGGCUCAUACAGAUGCAGAGUGGAAGAUCGAAGACAUAGAAGUUGGGCAGGUUUCUGUUGUCGGCACCGUAGUCUCGAUACAACCCGGCACCACGAACAGCGUGUAUUGGAUCGACGAUGGAACUGGCCGUAUCGAGGCGCGCCAUUGGAAUGGUACUGAGGAGGAUAAUGCGAAAUGGGCAGAUGUUGUAGAAAAUAUCUACGUGCGGGUGACAGGCACGCCGAAGAUGUUUGGCAACAAGCGAUACAUUAAUGCGACAAAUAUCCGGCCGACAAAAGAUCUCUAUGAACCAUUUUUCCAUGAGCUGGAAUCCAUUUACGUUACCCGCUUCUACAGAGAAGGCCCUCCGGGCGGGAGUGGAAACGCAGAUCAUAAUAUGUCACCGAACGGUCAAGGCAGUCAUGCGUCGAACUACACCGCCCAAGCAUCUGCAGGGCAGAGCGACCAAUGGGCAUCGCUUCCUCCCAUGCAGCGUGCGAUCAUGAACUUUAUGGCGAGCCAGCCGGAUGACAGUGACGAAGGCAUCCACGUUGGUGCUAUCGCACGAGCUGUCCGAGGGGAACCAGAUGCUAUCAGGUACGUGCAGCGUCUAAGAUCCUUCCGUUAUUUACUAACGUUGACCCAACGUAGUGCCGCACUUGACGCGCUCAUGGACGACGGUCGAAUCUACAGUACCUCGGAUGAGUCGCACUUCAAAAUGUCAUGA